GUCGGAGGAGCGGGCGGCGGAGGGAGCGAGGCGAGCUAGGGGCCGGCAGUGGGGAGCGUCCCAGAGCCGAGAAGAGGCAGCGUCCCGGAGCUGGUGGGGGGCGGAGAAGGUGCUCACACGGCACAGCUGAAGGCAUUGCUAAUUGCCUGAUACAAUGGUUCGCUCAAGGUCGAGAUCCCCACGAUGGAAGCACAGGUCAAUCUCGCCAACCUAUGGAAGAAGCCAAGAAUACCCUGUUGAGAGACCACUGUAUCAGUCGUAUAGUGGGGAACUAAAAGAAUUUGGUCAAAGCACAGGAAGACCUGUUCAGUGGAAGAGUCAACGGGAAAAAUGGGCUGAAACAGCAAGUGUAGAGUCAAGGUCAGGAGAUGCUCAGUAUGGUGCUAUUCAUCGUAAAGUUUUUGAGUAUGGAUAUCCUUCCCCAAAUCCAAGGAGAAUGGGAUCAGAACACACAACUCCAACAGGAAGAAACUUGUAUCUACAAGAAAAAGAAGGAAACCGAAGCUACCCACCUCCCCCAAGAUAUCUUGAAGAUAAUCCAUACCACGAUCAUGAUGAACGACCAUGUGACAGCAAUGAAUGGCAUGAGCACCGACAAAGUUCUCACAGUGAACGGCACCAUGAGCAUGACCAAUGGCACAAUGACUUUGACCAGCGACGCUACCAUCAAAAUGUGGAAAUUCCAACUCAUGUCAGAUUGUAUAACGAAAAACCCAAGAAUUUUGGAGGUGAUCCACAAAUGGAUUCCUUUGCCCAGUCAUUGCCGACUGCUUCUGGCUGUACAGAAUCGUGGCAUAACUCAGAAAGCUUUAGAAGCCCUAGUUUCCGCGAGGAAAGACAUUCAGGUUCACAUUCCCCUGGAAGACGAGCUAAAGAGCUUCUGGAUAGGAGCCCCUACCAGAGGAGGUAUCCUGAUGAGGAUGAAGUCAAAGGGUACAGAGAAACUUCUGGAAGAGGCUGGGUGUCUACAAAGCACGAGGUGAUAGACCACGAAAGAGAUUUAAAAUGGAGAGGGGAGAAGUUCCCUCAUAAUAGGAAAAGCUACCCAACUGCACCAUACGAUGAUUCAGAAAACAGUCAUGUUAAAGAGAUGCCAAGAGACCGAUAUAACGAUAGCAGCCACUGCGAGGAUUUUGUGCAGGUAAAAAGUGGGUUUGCACAUUCACCAAGAUAUCCUGAGAUGCAUUCCUCUUCCGAGCAUCACAAGAUAUUUUCCAGUGGAAGGCAGCCAGCAUAUUCAAGCAAAAGUAGAGAGUUUACAAGCAGCUGCUCAAGUAAUAAAGAGGUGAGUCGUUUUCACAGUAGCAGUAGGAAAUCAGGUACUGAUGUGAACAGAAGAGAGGGGCGUCAGUCUGAGUCAGGAAAAUAUUCCGUUUCUGAGCAUUCUUCUAGCAGGUUGCAACAUGUAUGCAAGAAAGAAGUAAGCUCAAGAUCUAGACCUUCAGUAACCAGAGGCCAUUCAGAUACAGGAAAGGAAUUAAGAAAGCACUCCAAAUCUUCUGAAGACCACCAUGGCAGCACUCACAAGCGAUCGAGCCAUCGAUCUAAUGAUACGGAAACUUCACGACAUGGUACAAAGAGUGAGCGAAACAGAACAACGGAGUCUCUAACCAUCAGAAUAGAUACGAAGAAAACUGUCAACAAGUUCAGGCCGACAUCAAGUCAUGCUUCAGAGAGACUAAUGUCUCGGGAUUUGGUUAGUGUUGGCAAGAAACGGGAUGAAUUCCAUCAUGUGUUUGAGCAUAUGGGUUCGUCAUUCGAGGCUAACCCGAACAUCUCUUCAGGAGAAUUUGCCCAGGAGAUAAUCACUCUGGUGCACCAGAUUAAAGAAGACCAUUUUAAGUCUUCAGAUCUAACAUUGCAUGACCGCUUUUCAAAGUUGCAAAAUGCACAGAGUCCUGGAAGAAAUGAGGAAAACGCUCGGGGCCCUGAGAUACACAGACGGAUUGACAUGUCUCUGGCAGACUUGCACAACCGAGAAAGGAAACCUGUUGCCAGAAAGACCAGCACAUGGGUUGCUGUAAAUCCAGAUGAUCUUCGUCAUGACAUAGAGAGAAGGAGGAAGGAAAGAUUGCAGGACAAGUAUGGGGAGGCCUAUCAAGCUCUGGAGCCGACAUUUCCCUCACGCAGAUCUGAGAGGCCUGAAAAAUCUCAUUUGCUCACUCGAGUGAAAACGGCAAGAAACCCACGAUUUAAAGAACCAUCAGUCAGGUUAAUGAAGUAUCGGGAAAGCCUGCACAGGGAGGCAACUGUUAGAAAGGCUUCUGUAGCAACAAAAAGAAAAAUAGGAGAAACGUCAGAAGAGAGACCCAGAAGUUAUCAGAGACCUCUCAAGAGAUUCCUGUUUUUGCAGCAUUUUACUAAAGAAUAUCCAUCUUCUGGACGAAAGAGAGGCUUGACAUUCGAAACCAAGUACCGACGCAUAUACGGAGUUGGCUUUGGACGUACUAAUCAACGGAUAUUCACCAAGCAUUUCAGGGAAGGGAUUACCAGGAAAAGGAGAGAUGAAAGGGAAUUGCCCAGCAGUACCACAGACAAGUAACUGACAUAGCCAUUAGAAUAUGGAAGAACUCUGAACCAUGGAUGUAUUUCCAAUGUUAAAUCUCGAGGACUGCACGCACUUCAGUUGGAAUCUGGCCAUGUGGCUAUUGCAGACUGCUGUGAAUGCUGUUGUUUGUUGAACUUGUUCUACUAUAGUUAAGUCACAGAUCAAACCAUUUUUUCCAAGUACCCUUGAUUAUCUGGGUGUUGAGUAAAAUUUUUCCACUGUUUUCUAAUUAGUCUCAAUAAUAGCCUCCUCUUUACCCUUCUACACUAGUCUUCAGACAAGGUCUUCCAAGAAUAAUUCUUUAAGAUGAACUGCAAGGCAGGAAAACUGCAAAUGUGAGAUAAAACACUGAUCUGUUUAAGUUUUCUCAGAACAGCGGUGCACACAGGUUUAAAAUGUUGCUGUGAGAAACCAGAAAUAUUAAUGGUGUGUGAUUGAAGGUGGACAGAAUGUUUAAACAUUAAACUUGUGGAUUUUUCUCUGAUUUUUGCCCUUGGCUGCAGGUGUGCAAGCACAUGAAGCUGUUUGCUCUACUUGUGAAUAGAUGUACAAGUAGUUCCAGUUAUUUAUAUUGUAGGCUUGUUGCCUGAGUUCAUUUGCCUUAAUUUAUCUCAUUCUACUGUCCUGCUUUUGAUUUGAACAUGCAAUUGUGUGGCCAAAUAAAUGGUACAUUAAUAUUCUGGUAUAAGAUGUAGUUGUUUGGCACUUUGUGUUUUUAUUGAUUCUAUUCUGGUGAGAAUUGUACAAAUGUACCAUUCUGUGUAGAGUUGGUGGAGGAGAUGAUUUGAAUCAAUGUGAGGGGACAUUGGUGUGAGGAAGAGAGAGAGAUUUCAGUAAAAUCAAAGCUCGCAGUAAAGAGAAAACAAAUUGAAAAGAGACCAGUGCAAACAGUGUACAAGUGCAAGGUAUUCAAAACCUAACCAGAGGCAAAUAAAAAGUCGAGACAAAAAUAGCAGAAUUAUUCACUCGUUUUCUCAAGUCUGUCCCUUCAACAUCUUCUUGAAUGGCAAGUCCCCUCUACUUGAAGUCUAAGAUGAGUUGUUGCACUUCCGGACUAGGUGUGCAUUUGGGAAGUUUCCAUUCCUACACCUGCUGAACCUUCUUUAUUUAGAUAGCUCUGCUAAAUCUCAUCCUGAUGUUGGAGGGCUACAUACCAAUAUAAAAAUACACACAGUGUUAGAGAAACUCAGUAGGUGGCAGUAUCUGUAGAGAGAGGAACAGUUACCAUUUCAGGUCAUAGGUGACUGUUUCAGAACCCCUGUAGUAUUCCAGCUGUGCUGCAGAUGUUAUAGUCAUUGAUUUUAUUUCCAAAAAGCAAACGUUGGGAACAGGGGCAGAAGAAGUAUUUAUUCUUGUUAAAGUUAAUUACAUAGGGGCUUUACCUUCCCAGCUAAAACAUCAGUAUUGGCUAAUGAUCAAAUAAAAAUAUAUGCUUGUUAAUAAAAGUGUUUGGAAUUUAGGCAACAUUUAGUUGUUAUACAGGUUGAAAUGUUUGAAUUCAGUAUCUAUCAUCCAAGUGUGAGAUACAUUUAUGGGUCCCUUUCCUUUUUUGAACACUAAUUCGAGCAGACAUUUAUAAAUUCUACUUAGUUUGUCCAUUGGCUGUUGCAACCAUUUGUAUGUUUACAGGAACAACACGUGCUCUGUUUUGAGUGAUUAAUUGUGAUACUUCAGCCAUUCUCUUUCUCCUGAACCAUGGGAGAGAUAACAUGAUACUAACAUCAGGUUGGUCACUUAGUUUGUCACUAAGUCUUUUCAAAAGCCUUCAUGUUUGUGAAGUUCCAUGCAAAUAUUUCCAUCUAGUGUGGGAGAGAUUGCCUUUAAAAAUCUGAUCUGAGUUUGUCCAAGAAUUAACUUACAUGGGUAACAAGUUUGAAACAGUUCUAACCCUAACCGUAACAUUUUAUCCAUGAUUUCUUUGUAUCUCUAGUGACUUGUGCACAUGCAUUGGGACUGUUCAAAAGUGACUUUUCUGAUGCCAGCAUGUCACCCUCUCCAAUCUGCUGCUGAUAACAUAGCUCCACAAAACUGAAGUCCUUCCUUAAAUCCUUUCUUUGCAGAUUGUUCUAGGAGCAUCACUGUUGCUUUUCUGUGCAGUGAUGUGAUUACAUGGCAACAGUUUGUUUAUAUCUCUUUAACAGUUGACCAUGCAUAGUCAGGUUUUAUUUGAACUUGUUUUGGUGGCCACUGAAGCUCCAUAGCUGUCAGGAGCUGCUUGAGGUUUGUAUAAAGAAUUUCAUGAAACUGUGUUCUUUCAUCACUAUGACCACACGUUUGCUAUUAAUGGAUUUUAGUUCUGUUGUCUUUCAGUGAAACAUACUUUGAGCUGCUGUUCUUUAAUCUACUUGUUUGUUGCAUUAAACUUACACCUGUUUCUACAAA